UCAUUGAUGAAAUUUAAAUUCCUCGGGGUUUAUCUCCCGCUCGCCGGACCGGGAGGGAUUUCUCGGCUCGAGGGGCCAGCGCGGCGGGCGGGCUGCUCUCAGCGGGGUCGGGGCCGUCUUUCUCUCCCGCUUCCCCUCAGCCGCCGGCCGGGCUCCGCAGGGACGCGGUGGAGAGGCAGCCUGCCCUGCCCAGCCUCGGGGAACCGGGAAAAAAAAACCCCGAGCGGUUCCGUUUGCGUUGGUCAGAGCAGAGUGUUUGUUUUAUUAAAGAGCGAAAAUGUCGUCCUAUGCCACAGAUGUUUUUGUUUUGAUUGAAGAUUUCAGCAAAGCAAUGUCUCAGGCUGGCAGUUCACAGUUCCAGGAAGUCAUUCGGCAGGAGCUGGAGUAUUCAAUGAAAGUAGAACUCGAUAAGAUCCUUGCCACUGCAUCUUCAAAUGAGCUAGAGCACACAAAAAAGGACCUGGAAGGAUUUAAGAAGCUGUUUCAUAGAUUUCUACAAGAAAAGGGACCAUCUGUGGACUGGGGGAAGAUCCAGAGACCUCCAGAAGAUUCUAUCCAGCCCUAUGAGAAGAUAAAGGCCAGAGGACUGCCUGAUAACAUUGCUUCUGUCCUGAACAAGCUGGUGGUCGUCAAACUCAAUGGUGGCUUGGGCACAAGCAUGGGCUGCAAAGGCCCCAAGAGCCUCAUUGGCGUGCGGAAUGAGAACACCUUCUUGGACCUGACAGUUCAGCAGAUCGAGCAUUUAAACAAGUCCUACAACACCGACGUUCCUCUUGUGCUGAUGAAUUCUUUCAACACUGAUGAUGACACAAAGAAGAUCCUGCAGAAGUACAGCCACAGCCGUGUCAAGAUCUACACUUUUAAUCAGAGCAGGUACCCUCGAAUUAACAAGGAAACUCUGCUGCCCAUAGCCAAGGAUGUUUCUUACUCAGGAGAGAACACAGAGUGCUGGUAUCCCCCAGGCCAUGGAGACAUCUAUGCUAGCUUCUACAACUCUGGUCUGCUGGACAACCUGAUUGCAGAGGGGAAGGAAUAUAUUUUUGUAUCCAAUAUAGAUAACUUGGGUGCCACUGUGGACCUUUACAUCCUUAACCACCUGAUGAACCCCCCCAAUGGAAAACGCUGUGAAUUUGUCAUGGAAGUCACAAACAAGACCAGGGCAGAUGUGAAGGGUGGCACACUGACGCAGUACGAGAACAAGCUGAGGCUGGUGGAGAUUGCUCAGGUCCCAAAGGCACACGUGGAUGAGUUCAAGUCUGUCUCAAAGUUCAAGAUCUUCAACACCAACAACCUGUGGAUUGCUUUGUCUGCAGUCAAAAGGCUGCAGGAGAAGAAUGCCAUUGACAUGGAGAUCAUUGUGAACCCAAAGACGCUGGAUGGAGGCCUGAACGUUAUCCAGCUGGAGACUGCAGUUGGUGCUGCUAUCAAGAGCUUUGAGAACUCCUUGGGGAUAAACGUCCCCCGCAGCCGUUUCCUGCCCGUAAAGACCACAUCGGAUCUCCUGCUGGUGAUGUCCAACCUGUACAGCCUUAACGCAGGCUCUCUGACCAUGAGCGAGAAGAGAGAGUUCCCCACAGUGCCUCUUGUCAAGCUGGGAAGCUCUUUCACCAAGGUUCAGGAUUACCUGCGGAGGUUUGAAAGCAUCCCAGACAUGCUGGAGCUGGAUCACCUCACGGUCUCAGGUGAUGUCACAUUUGGGAAGAACGUUUCACUAAAGGGAACAGUGAUCAUCAUCGCCAAUCACGGCGACAGGAUCGACAUCCCGGCUGGAGCUGUCCUAGAGAACAAAAUUGUGUCUGGCAACCUUCGGAUCCUGGACCACUGAGUGAGGGCGAGGGGCACGGCCGGGUCCGUUGGCUGCUGUGCUGAGCCAGCCCCCCGCCAAAGCAGAACCUUUUAAGCAUUAGAAAUAUGAGUCCAGAGAGGGCCUCUGCUCUGCCACCUUCACCGUACCCUGCAGUAUUAAUUCCCAGUUAAUGUCCUUGCUGAUCUCUCUGAGCAGACACACGGUGCAGUGGAUGUGCGUAAGUAAAGCUUCGGUCCUUGAAGAGAUGCUGUCACUCACUGUCCCCUUGAAGUGCAAUACUGUUUGUCUUGGACAGAGCUGUGCUGAGGAGGUCAGAGCCUUGCCUCUGACCCUCGGUAGCGUUUGAGUUGCUGGUAACUGCAGCAGGAAGCUGUGAAGUGAUGCGCGUGGGACAAUGCAGUUAGUGACCCCUGGGCCCUUCCGACACAGCUGACAACCUGAAGUGUCACUAUUACUAAGUGGGCUGUCACCCCCUUCCCCUCUACUCCCUGUGCUCACAGACGUCUCCACCUCUAGCCCUGCUGCUCGGGGGUGUCCUGUCCCUGCUGCACGGUGGGGGCACUGGGGCCAGGCCCCGAUCCCUCCAUUGCUGUGUCGUGCGAGUGGGAAGCGUCGGUGUUCCAGCCUCGCCCAAGGAGCCCAGCACUUGAGCACAAGGCCUGGGUGUCCACGCAUGGUGUUUGCUUUUCACACCCCAUUUCAGACCGCAGCUGCUCUUCAGAUCUCCAACCUGCAGCAGCCACCCCACGCUGCCCACUGCUGUGUCCCUGCUGUCACAGCCAUGUAUGUUAAUUAAUUUAUCUCCUCCCCAGUCAUUUCUAAACUUGUACAGGACCCAACCCUGUCCCCAUCACUUUGGAUUUCUGAAUGUUCUCUUGUAUUUACAUGCAGACAGCUUUAUUUUAUAAGCUUAGUCCAUACCACUGGUCUGUAUCAUUAAAGAAGUUGGUCUUUAAGAACAGCUGUGCUUGGGGAGCUUUAUUGGUACUGACAGCCAGUGACACCUGCCCACCCAGCCAGGCAGUUGGCAUGGGGAGGGGUGUGAAGGUGACCCAUGCAGGCACUGUCAAGGGCCAGGUGUGCAAGGCAGCAUUUUAAAAACCUCUUAAAUAAAUCAAUUUCAGCCCUUUC